AUGCAUAGUUGCGAGUCGCUGGCCGCCCCGCUGGUGACCCCACCGGCUUCAGGGCCCUCGCUCCUCCGGCAACUCGGCCGUCUCAUUGUUCGCGCGCGAAGCCCCGUCGCAGAUCGACUACAGGCCAAGCUGCGCGCCGCCAAUCCAUCUACCAGCCAGGUGGAACAGCAGAACGCCGAGCCAGCGGAGCCCAAGUCCGGUGUGGAAACCCAGUUGGACAGCCACGUGCAGGCGCUAUGGAACGACCAGAUCCCAGUUUGCAUUGAGGUGCUGCUGGCGCCGGAGUGCGAGGAGUGCUGCGCGGCGCUGGGGCGCGCGGACGACGGCGCGGCGUUCGACGCGCCGCUCGGCCGCCGCCGCGCGCUGCUGCUCGAGCGCUGGACCAUGCGCGCCCUGCACAACAAGAGCCAUGAGGCACCGGCCUUCACAUCAUCGCAGUGGUUACUGAACGCGGUACGAUCUCAGCUACACUUUUCUCAGCUGGCCGCUUGGCUGGCUCGUCUCAAACGAAGCAAAGCCGGGGAAGAGGACCCUAGCGAGCGACGGAGGAAGCUGAGCCGUGAGACCUGCAACUACAAAAAACUGGAAGCAAACUGCGACGAGGAGGACCUGUCCACAGAAGAACGCAAGCUUAACAUUGUCUACUCCAUUAAGAUUCCGGGAGAGAGCUACAAGAUGGCUGAGUUCAGCCGCCCCCCCACCGACCACAACUUCCCCAUCACUAACAUAGGCAGUAAUCUGUACUUAAAAGUGGCCCUCGAGAGUCUCCCCCGGACUGAGGAUAUACCAACAGUCAAAUGUACCUGCCAACCGAAACGGCGCGUCAGUAAGGAAAUGCCCACCAACCUCCACGACGAGCUGGUGGUGAAGUUAAAUGAUCUCACUCUAGGUCCAAGAUGCUCCAGAUACUCCGAUUUCGCGAUUAAUUCCAAUAUUGUUGACGACAGAAUGCUGACCCCUUGCAGUGAAAACGGUAAACAUAAAUGCAAUUGUGACGAGGAAUCGGACGGGAAUCAUAGAUCUUCCAUUAGUGUAAGUCCACAAGAGCCGAAGAAGUUAGACGAGAGACGGCUUAAGGAAAUAGCUAAGUAUAAGAGGCGGUUGAGGAAGGAGAGCAAACUGAAGAAGCUGUGUGACAGCACGUCUUCUGAAGGAGAACAAAAGACUACGCACACCUCUAUUCCAAUUCUGCAGGCGUCUCGCUUCGACAGAUUCAGAGCCAUCGGUUGCUAUAGAAACCAAACAUAUCUCACCUUACCAGCGAGUAGAAUCGAGAGUAAAUCUCCAUUUGUCGAAACAGAGAUUAUCCCACCUUCAGAGUUCAAAAAAACGAAUACAGUGUCAACCCAAACAGAAGAUAUCUCCUGUCAGUGCGGAAAUGUAAUCCAGAUGAAGUGCGAUAACUGUGACCGACGAAUGGUCAGGUCCGAAGCGAACUACGACCUGGCUUCAAUGGACAAGGAGAACGGAGCAAGAAGGAAAUGCGAAGAGGAUGAUAAGGCGUUGAAAAAGCACAAAUGUGAUAAUUCUAGCAGUAAUUUAACGUGUGAUAUAAAUAGUGUAGUAGACAAUAGUGUUAGUGUUAAGUGGGAAGACGAGUCUGUUAUAAAGCGGCCGAAGCUGAGACGGGUCUUUCCGAUUGUUGAUAGAAUAGAGAAGAUAGUCGCGGAUAGAACGCAGAAGAACACAGAAGAGCACAGGGAAAAAGACAUAGAAGAACUGAAUCUUAGAGACGACGACACAGUUUUCUCAGUACCUAAGCCUGAACCGAAAAGACAAAAGACGUAUUCAAUCAAUGAAGAUUACGUUCUGUACGAGAACUGCGACUAUGGAACAUUUGAUAGAUGUGAUGUGGACUCCCCGAAGGAGAUCCCAGACCAAGAGAGUUUUAAGUUCCCUGAAUCUAAAAGUGAGAACCAAGUGCCGUCCCCAACCGAGAUGGAUAGAUUUAGAUGGAGAUUUGAUUCGGCUGCAUCAAUGGUGUUCCAUUCCAAGACUGGUCUCCCUUUGACGUCUAGUCCCGCACCCUUGCGAAGAGGAAACAAUUGUUUUGAUUUUGAUGACUCCAUUAACGGCGUGUCUGGUAUUAAAAGCGCUCUCUUUCACCCGUCAGCGAGUUGCGAACUCGCCACUACUCCGCGAACUCCUACCCCGCCACCGCGUCGCCCUGAAAAACCGAAACUUCGCGUCGGUUCCAGUACUGGACUGCUUGGCAGCUUUGAGGAAUCCGCGCUGAAGGGGCGUCUGGAGCCGGUGGCGACUGUGCACGGCUUCACGGCGGAGCUGGGAGCUUCGGGCGCUUUCUGUCCGCCGCAUCGCCGCCUGCCCGUCACCGUCUUCUUUUAUGCGCCAGGUGGAACCAACGCGCCUUACAUGGGGCACAUCAACCUGGGCGCGGGCGGGUACCGCGUGCCGCGCGCGGGCACGGUGCAGGUGUCGCUGUUCAACCCGCACGGCACGCUGGUCAAGAUGUUCGUGGUGCUGUACGAGCUGACGCGCAUGCCGCCGCGCGCGCGCACCUUCCUGCGCCAGCGCACGCUCUACGUGCCGGCCGCCGCGCCGCGCCACCCGCCGCCCGACCACCGCAAGUGGCUGCGCUACCUCAUACACCUGCGAUUCAUGACCUCAAAAUCCGGUAAACUAUAUCUGCACACAGACAUACGUAUAAUCGUAUCGAGGAAAGCCGACUUAGAUACGGCGACGGCACAUUCCGCCCUAUACCGCCCCAUACAGAACAAUCCCCAGGAUAACGAAUCUGACCAGAAGGACAAGGCAGCAAACGAGACAGGCGUAGCUAACAGAAGUCCGAAUCGAGUCUUCGGAGGCUGCAGUGAUUACAAUUCGGAACUAAAAAGUGAUUAUUCGGAAAUCGGUUACGAGAAUAGUCCCGGGGUCCCUUACGAGUUGCGCAGCUUUACUUACGCCCCUGACAACCCUAAGUACUCUCCACGAUAA